CUGUGAGUGGUCCCUCAAAUCCUGGACCCGGCUAAUGGAUCCCAGGAUAUCUAUUGAUAAGCCGCCUCAUCACGAUCCAAUUCUGGGUGUAUCUUCACAAUGGAGCGUUUCUUCUAAAGACAACAAUUCCGUCAGAGAAGUUACUUUCGGUGAUUUGGGUUCAAAGCGUAUCCGUCAUGGAUCAGCUGGAGCUGAUUCUGAGAUGCUAAGCAUGUCUCAGAAAGAGAUCAAAGACGAAGAUGCUCGUUUGAUUUAUAUUAACGAUCCUGACAGAACUAACGAAAGGUUUGAGUUCACAGGGAAUUCUAUCAAGACUGCUAAAUACUCUGUCUUCACCUUCUUGCCUAGGAACUUGUUUGAACAGUUCCAUAGAGUUGCUUACAUUUACUUCCUUGUAAUAGCAGUGCUCAAUCAGCUUCCUCAGCUUGCAGUUUUUGGCAGAGGUGCAUCCAUCAUGCCCCUUGCCUUCGUUCUCUUGGUCUCAGCUAUCAAAGAUGCUUACGAGGAUUUCCGGAGACAUAGAUCAGAUAGAGUUGAGAACAAUAGGUUGGCUUUAGUGUUUGAGGAUAAUCAGUUUCGAGAAAAGAAGUGGAAGCAUAUUCGGGUUGGGGAAGUCAUUAAAGUCCAAUCGAAUCAGACUCUUCCUUGUGACAUGGUGCUGUUGGCUACAAGUGAUCCUACUGGGGUUGUCUAUGUGCAGACGACUAAUUUGGAUGGUGAGUCGAAUUUGAAGACGAGGUAUGCCAAGCAGGAAACUCUUCUGAAAGCUGCUGAUAUGGAGUCGUUUAAUGGAUUUAUCAAGUGUGAGAAACCUAACAGGAACAUUUAUGGGUUUCAAGCCAACAUGGAAAUUGAUGGUAGAAGGCUCUCCCUUGGACCUUCUAAUAUUAUUCUUAGAGGGUGUGAGCUUAAGAACACUGCUUGGGCUUUAGGGGUUGUUGUGUAUGCUGGUGGUGAGACGAAAGCUAUGCUGAACAACUCUGGAGCUCCAUCAAAGAGGAGUAGGCUAGAGACUCGGAUGAAUUUGGAGAUCAUUCUACUCUCUUUGUUUCUGAUCGUCUUGUGUACAAUUGCAGCCGCGACCGCUGCUGUGUGGUUGAGGACGCACAGGGAUGACUUGGACACUAUUCUCUUUUAUAGGAGGAAGGACUACUCUGAGAGGCCAGGAGGAAAGAACUAUAAAUACUAUGGUUGGGGGUGGGAGAUAUUUUUCACCUUCUUUAUGGCAGUCAUUGUGUACCAGAUCAUGAUUCCCAUUUCUCUCUACAUAUCGAUGGAGCUUGUCCGUAUUGGUCAAGCAUACUUCAUGACCAAUGAUGAUCAGAUGUACGACGAGUCUUCAGAUUCAAGUUUUCAAUGCAGGGCUUUGAACAUAAAUGAAGAUUUGGGUCAGAUUAAGUAUUUAUUCUCCGAUAAGACGGGUACUCUCACGGACAACAAGAUGGAGUUUCAAUGUGCCUGCAUAGGAGGUGUAGAUUACUCUGCUAGGGAACCUACUGAGAGUGAGCAUGCGGGAUACUCCAUUGAAGUUGAUGGGAAUAUUUUGAAGCCAAAGAUGAGGGUGAGAGUUGAUCCUGUGCUUCUUCAGUUAACGAAAACUGGCAAGGCAACAGAAGAAGCAAAACGUGCAAAUGAGUUUUUCCUCUCACUGGCAGCUUGCAAUACAAUUGUGCCAAUUGUUACCAAUACAUCUGAUCCCAAUGUGAAGCUGGUAGAUUAUCAAGGGGAGUCCCCUGAUGAACAAGCAUUGGUCUAUGCAGCAGCUGCAUAUGGUUUCUUGCUCAUAGAGAGAACCUCUGGUCAUAUAGUUAUUAACGUGCGAGGAGAAACGCAAAGGUUUAAUGUUUUGGGAUUGCAUGAGUUCGAUAGUGACCGAAAAAGAAUGUCAGUGAUACUGGGAUGCCCCGACAUGUCAGUGAAACUCUUUGUAAAAGGUGCAGACUCAUCCAUGUUUAGUGUCAUGGAUGAAUCCUACGGUGGCGUCAUACAGGAGACCAAAAUACAACUUCAUGCUUACUCAUCUGAUGGUUUGAGAACUCUUGUUGUUGGGAUGAGAGAGCUGAACGAUUCAGAGUUUGAGCAAUGGCAUUCUUCAUUUGAGGCGGCAAGCACCGCCUUGAUUGGUAGGGCUGGAUUGCUAAGAAAGGUUGCUGGAAACAUCGAGACUAACCUUAGGAUAGUAGGAGCCACUGCAAUUGAAGACAAAUUGCAGCGUGGUGUCCCGGAAGCAAUAGAAUCUCUCAGGAUUGCAGGGAUAAAAGUAUGGGUCUUAACUGGUGACAAGCAAGAAACUGCCAUAUCCAUUGGCUUCUCUUCGAGGCUUCUGACAAGAAACAUGAGGCAAAUUGUAAUAAAUAGUAAUUCAUUGGAUUCAUGUCGGAGGAGUUUAGAAGAAGCAAAUGCCAGUAUUGCAAGUAAUGACGAAAGUGAUAACGUGGCCUUGAUUAUUGACGGUACCAGUCUCAUAUAUGUACUCGACAAUGAUCUUGAAGAUGUGCUGUUCCAGGUGGCAUGUAAAUGCGCUGCGAUACUCUGCUGCCGGGUUGCUCCUUUCCAGAAAGCUGGAAUCGUUGCACUUGUAAAGAACCGGACUUCCGACAUGACGCUUGCCAUUGGUGAUGGUGCCAAUGAUGUCUCCAUGAUUCAAAUGGCUGAUGUUGGGGUAGGGAUAAGCGGCCAAGAAGGUCGCCAAGCUGUGAUGGCAUCUGAUUUCGCAAUGGGACAGUUCAGAUUCUUAGUUCCGCUAUUGCUCGUCCAUGGACACUGGAAUUACCAAAGGAUGGGUUACAUGAUACUAUAUAAUUUCUAUAGAAAUGCAGUUUUUGUUCUAAUUUUAUUUUGGUACGUUUUGUUUACUUGCUACACCUUGACAACCGCCAUCACAGAAUGGAGCAGUGUUUUGUACUCAGUCAUAUACACAGCAGUCCCUACAAUAAUUAUCGGUAUUCUUGACAAAGACCUUGGAAGGAGGACUCUUCUAGAUCAUCCUCAGCUCUACGGUGUUGGCCAGAGGGCAGAGGGAUAUUCCACUACGCUCUUUUGGUAUACAAUGAUUGACACAAUCUGGCAAAGUGCAGCAAUCUUCUUCAUUCCUAUGUUUGCUUAUUGGGGCAGUACAAUUGACACGUCGAGCCUAGGAGACCUAUGGACCAUUGCUGCAGUUUUGGUGGUUAAUCUUCACUUGGCCAUGGAUGUAAUUAGAUGGAACUGGAUCACACACGCCGCCAUAUGGGGAUCCAUUGUUGCAGCUUGUAUAUGUGUCAUUGUGAUCGAUGUUAUACCCACACUCCCUGGUUACUGGGCAAUUUUCCAAGUGGCCAAGACGUGGAUGUUCUGGUUCUGCUUGCUUGCCAUUGUUGUGACAGCAUUGCUUCCUAGAUUCGCCAUCAAGUUUCUUGUCGAGUAUUACAGACCUUCCGAUGUUCGGAUUGCUAGGGAGGCUGAAAAGCUUGGAACUUUCAGAGAAUCCCAACCCCUGGGAGUUGAAAUGAACCUGAUUCAGGAUCCUCCAAGGAGAUGAUAUGAAGCAACAACACAUUCUCAAAUCAAAAUUCUUUAUACCCUUCAGCCAUAAGUAAAUAUAAUUUAUAUAUUCCAUUUUUCCCACUUGGUUGCUUUACUAUUUUCACGAAUAGAGAGUUUGUUGGGUUGUAGUGUAAGAAUAUUUACGUAAUCUCUCGGCUGUAUUUUUUCUCAUUUUGUUGUAACAUACGCACAAGUUUUCCUUUGUAAAGAAAACGUCGAAAUUUGAUUUAAAUUUCCUGGUUAAUCAAUUUCCACUUUAGUU